UUUUUUUUUUCUUUUAUUUUUGUCUUGUGAUGGACAAAUAAAGACAAGUGAACAUGAAUCUGUUGUGCCCCUUGUACUUCUUGGAAGUGACCUAUUGCGACCUACGACAAAUGGCGUCAUGGACAGGAUAGGUCAGGAUUAGGCGCCGAUUCUGAGGGACAACCCCAGGUUCAACGAGGGAGGUGUUAGACGGUUGGUGCGACAACGGUGUUAGACGGUUGGUGUGACGACUGCGUUAGACGGUUGGUGCGACGACGGCAUCAGACGGUUGGUGCGACGACAACAGCGUCAGGUGGUUAGAGCAACAAGAGUGCCAGAUGGUUACAGUGACGACGCAUCAAACGAUUGGGGAGAUGAGAGCGUCUGACGGUUGCAUCGAUGACGGCUUCAGAGAGAGUGACAGCGUCGACAGAGUGACAACAGCUUUGGACAGUUGGAGUGAUGGUAGCGGUGGAGAGAAGUGACUGUAAUAUUCAAGACAGAGAUGGACUAACUUGUUUCCAGAUUUUGAACUGAACUGAACUGAUCCUAUUUUGAUAAAAGAAUAGGAAUAUGGUAAGACAGGGUAUGAUUAAUGAUUAUGUUUAUUCGUAGGUUCCUGAGACCCGAUUUGAGUUCCAGAGAUGUUGAGAACGGGCGGUGUAGCUGAACAUAGCUGACUGAGGGUACAGAUGUUUGAUCCAGAUUCCAGCCGUAGUUAAGAGUAGUUUUAAGCUGUGUAAUAACAAUUUAUUUUUCUCCUAUUUCUUUCACAGCACUUUGUAACGAUGGCUGAAAGCGGAGUUGCUUGAAUCUAAUUUAAUGAUGGAUGUUAAAUAGAAGAAAAAUCCAAUAGGUUAGGCUGAGAAUCAAAUAGUUACUAGGUUCCAAUUUGAUUAUUUUGGGUAUACUUUGAAAUGGGUUUGACCUUGGAUAGCAAUGAAACAAAAAAAAACAAAAACAAAUAGGAUGAGGUAUUUGAAGAUUGAUUCAGAGCUGUGAUUGAGGCUGGUGCAAGAAUAAGUUUUGCUAGGGCUUUAUUUAAGUAUGGCAUAGGCUGGAUCUUUUCUUGUGGAGUUAGAUUUCCUGGAGAUAGCUUAAGAUAGUAGUUACAUAGUUGAAGGUAGUAGAUUGCUCAAGAUGGCGGAAGAAAAAAUGGCGGAGAUGUUGCAAACUUUGACUGGUGUUUUGAAAGGAUUGAGUGUGCAACAGACUCCACAAUUACCCAAAGUGAAGUUACAGAAAUUCAAGGGUCCACCUAGGUCUCCUGGGGAUCCAUCCCUGAAGGAGUGGUUAGAUGAGUUUGAGGCCUAUAGUAAUUGUUAUAAGUUAAGUGGAAAAUCCAAAGCUCAGGCCUUAGUGGAUCAUUUAGGUGGGAUAGCGAAAGAAGAGAUUCUUUGUAGAGCGGAUUCUGUCAGAGAAGACUAUGACGAGUUGGUUCAGAUUCUUAAAUCCCAAUUUUGUCCUGUAGAAUCCCUUCAGACCCUGAGUGCUAGUUUUCACUCUUGUGUUCAGAAGGAUGGUGAGUCACUGGCGGACUUUAGUAGGAAUUUGAUGAGGUACUAUUCUCGCAUGGAGCAGGCAGCUCCCUCUGAAGAUGAAAAGAAAGCAUUACACGCAUUACGUGAUACUUCUUUGAAGGAAGGCUUUGUAAGGGGUGCCAGAGAGGCAUCGGUGAGGCGAGAAUUACGUAGGAUUGAAUUGGCCAUGAAAAGCAAACCUUUCAUGGACAUGCGUUCAGAGGCAUUGGAUCUCUUUAGAGACCAAGAAUCUAUUCGUAAGAUCGGGGUAAAAGAAGUGAAGAUGGAGGACCCUUUGAUAGGAGUAGUUUCAUGUGAUAAGGAGUCAGUUGUUGACAUUAAUGAGCUUAGUGAACUAAGAGGUCAUUUGAAUCAGUUAUGUAGACAGGUGGCGGUUUUAGCAGAUUCGGUUAAAAGUAUGAAGACCACUCCCAAAGUUCCACAAAAUGAAGUUGUAUGUUACAACUGCGGAAAGAAAGGGCACAUUCGACCCAGAUGCACUGAGCCAACUUUGUGUUACAAUUGCAAAGGUCGAGGACACGUUAGCAAGAAUUGUCCAGAAGCGGUAAUAUCUAAUAGUCCAAUUUCCUCAAAUGUUCCAGUGGAUAGUCCAAGUGUGAGAGUUAGUGGUAUAGGUAAUGCUAAGAGUAGCGUGUUAACCCAGAAGUUGAUCUCUCACAGUCCUCGAGGCAAGGUCCGGUUCAAAGAUGUUAAACUUGGUUGUGUGUUUGAUACGGGGGCGGAGGCUUCCAUAAUUCCUUCAUCGGUAUUUCAUUCCCAGCUUCAAAAUUUGGAUUGUGGUCUACAACAGCAUGAUGGUUUGUUUGUAAACGUAGUAGGGGUAGGUGGAGUUGAAGUCCCUGUUGAGGGAUAUGUAGAAGUCCCUAUAACUAUUGAAGGUCAGGAUUUAGUAGGUAGCUUCCUUGUGAUUCAUGAUGAGGUUGGUCGUUCUGCUCAAUGCGAACAUCCCAUCUUGUUAGGUUGUAAUAUCCUUCGUCAGUUGCCUUUUAAGAUGAUGGAGUCGGUUUUAUCUCAAUCAUUUAAACCAAAAGAAGGCUGCGGAGAUGAGUUGGCUGGUUGCUCUACACAUAUUAGUGUGAGCUCUGAGGAAGUUCUUCCACCCUUGUCUGUUCGAAGAGUAGUUUGUAAGGUUCAGUCAAGUGCUUUUGAUACAGAUGAGGUAUUGGUGAAGGACACGCUGAGUAGGUUUGAUCCAACACUCUGUACAGUGGAAGGCUCCCAAAGCAUUAGGGGAGAUUCAGUGGAGUUAUUGGUACAGAAUAGUUCUGAGCAUGAGGUACGAAUCCCCCCUCACACGCCGGUAGCAGAAGCUCAGGCAGUGAGUAGGAAGCAGGAAGUCCAUGUAGAAUUUCAGGAAGAGGGUAGCCUGUUGGUGUCAGGACACGAUGUUAUUACUGAUCAGACUCCCAGUAUUAAGGAGGAUACCAACAAGGCAGGUAGUAGAGAUGGUGUAGAUCUUCCUAAAGGAGUGAAAUUGGAGGGUUUGUCAGUGGUUGAAGAAGAAAAGAUUGUUGAAUUAUUGGCUCAGCAUAAGGAUGCCUUUUCUGAGGGCUCAUUUGAUUUGGGAGAAUGCAUUGUGGUACCUCAUGAAAAUUGUAGAAGGUCCUCCUAUAAGGCUACCAUAUCGACGUUUGCCCCCUGCACAAAUAGAUGAUAAACAAAUGUUGCAAGAAAUGUUGGAUCAGGGAUUUAUUAUUUAUUUCAUGAAAUUGAUCCCGUUAGAGAUGGAUUUUAUCAAACUAGCCUAAUUUAGUGAAAAGUAUUCGAGAUUCAAGUGUCUAGCUGAUUUAGUUUUUCAUUUAAGAAUAUGGAAGACAAAUUUUGCUAAAGGAAAAUUUGGACUGUGUCAUAUAGGAUUUCUUUUGCAAGGCUUGCUUGGUAUAUAUUAGUUUCUUUGAGUCAGAUUUGCCCUCUUUGCUUAUUCUCGUGAAAAAGGGAAGAAAAAAUUAUCUAAUCCUUAAAAACACACAUAAUUGGCUAAAAGUAAUUCUCAUUCAAUUUUGACAGGAUUCAAUAAAUUAACUGUAGUCUUUAGUCCUUAGAGUAGAAAAAAAAAUCAAAUACAAUUUGACUCUCAGCCUAAUUUUUUUUCAUUAGGGAUUAUGAAUUUUACUUUCAGUACAAGUUUGAAAUUCUACAUUUUGAGAUCAAUUCUUUAUGAGAAGACAAAAUAACUCCUUGCUUUCAGUUCUUCGUGACAGAUGCGUAUCUUAUACAAAUUUCUUUUCGGAUUGAAAUUUGAAGAGGUCAGUAUUUACAUCCUAAACCUUGUUUAGUUUACUGUCGAAUGAGUGAAAUAAAAAAAAAAGUAUUGGAAUAUGCUAAUCAAGUGAUUUGGCUGAAUCUGGAUUGUUUAGUUUUUAUUAUUUCAAUUAUUCCAAGAAAUAAGUGGACUAUUUACUGUUAGAAGUUCAGUGAAAGAAUUUUCUUUUCAUUCAUAGGUUGAAGUAAUAAGGCAGAAAUUUGAUCAAGAUUGGAGAAUAAUCAAGAAAAUUGAAAAGACAUAUUUGAUUUAAUAGUAUCCAGAGAGUAGAUAUUAAUUUAUUUGAAUCAGCGAACUGGAAGAUAGAUACCAUAUACCGGUACUUUCUAAUCUUUGUUGUGAUUUUGAACAUUGAUUGUAGUGUAAGUCGACCUGAUAUUAAAUUGAAUUAUGUGCUAUAUUAUAGUCGGGUCGACUAUAUCUUGAGCGGGGGAAUUGUGGAAAGUUGAGUUUUAGCCAAAGUAUUUCCUUCUAUAGAUAAAGAUAUUUGAAGCUCGAUUUGGCGUCCUCUUAGUUAAAGAAAUUUUAGGGAUUGGCUAUGCAAAGUUUGUUUUCAAUAGGACGUGUCAUCUGGGUUGCGAGGUUGUUGGAUUCCUUGUUUUGUUAAACAUGACUAAGAAUCGCAUCCAUCUGGUUUUUAUGAAUGAAAACAAAUCAGUUUAGGGUUCUUUGGAUUCCUUUUUUUU